AUGGCCCCGCUGUGCACCGUGGCUGCGGGGCUGCUGCUGGGCUCGGUGCGUGCCGCACGCGACGCAGCACUGCUGCAGCGCGAGCGCGUCACCCUCUGCAUCAAUGUGUCACGGCAGCAGCCAUUCCCGGCGCUACAGCAUAUCCACUGCCUGCGGGUGCCUGUCUUCGAUGACCCUGCCGAGGACCUGUAUGGAUACUUCGAGCACUGCAGCGAGGCCAUCGAGGACACGCUGCGCGGUGGCGGCACCUGCCUCGUGUACUGCAAGAGCGGCCGCAGCCGCUCAGCCGCCGUCUGCACAGCCUUCCUCAUGCGCCACCGGCACCUCUCGCUGCAGGAGGCCUUUGCGACUGUAAAGGCUGCCAGGCCCGAAGCAGAACCCAAUGCAGGAUUUUGGACUCAGCUGCAGCGAUAUGAAGAAGAUCUACGUCUGCGAAAGCUGUCCACUGAGCAACAGACUUAAUUCUCAUUAAAACAUCAUCACACAGUUAAAAAAGGCUUAUGGCAUUAAAAAAAAAAAUCACUACCACACUAU